AUGGAAUUGGAAGAAGUUGAUUUAAUAAAAGAGUUAUAUUCGGCUUCAAUAGGACAAAUUUCUUCAGAAGUUUUUUUAAAUAAUGAAUUUAAUAAAGAGGAAGAUGAUCUAUUUUUAAUUAAAGGUGUUGUUGGGUUUUCUGGCUCAAAGCUUAGGUUCUUAAAUCUUGGGUCGAGAAUAGUAGCGAUAUACCUUUCUACUCCAGGCUCAUCCCAACAAUUUCCAAAUGAAAGCUCUAUCUCAUCACAUACAUCAUGA